UUGUCAUAGAAGCAGGCAACAUGGCGGCGGCGGCGGCACGGACGGAUUCACCGGAGGACCAAGACGGUUCGGUACCGGGAGCGGCGGGGGGUUCGGCUCCGGGUUCCCCGGUCUGUCUCAUCGUUCUGGGCAUGGCGGGUUCCGGGAAAACCACCUUCGUUCAGAGGCUGACGGCCCACCUCCACUCCCAGAACUCUGCCCCCUACGUCAUCAACCUGGACCCGGCGGUGCACGAGGUUCCGUUUCCCGCCAACAUCGACAUCAGAGACACGGUGAACUACAAGGAGGUGAUGAAGCAGUACAGCCUGGGGCCCAACGGCGGCAUCGUCACCUCCCUCAACCUGUUCGCCACACGCUUCGAUCAGGUGAUGCAGUUCAUCGAGAAGAAGCGUCAGAACCACCGGUACGUCCUGAUCGACACGCCGGGUCAGAUCGAAGUCUUCACCUGGUCAGCGUCAGGGACCAUCAUCACGGAGGCUCUGGCGUCGUCGUUUCCCUGCGUGGUCAUCUACGUGAUGGACACGUCCCGCAGCGUCAGCCCCGUCACCUUCAUGUCCAACAUGCUCUACGCCUGCAGCAUCCUGUACAAGACCAAGCUGCCCUUCAUCGUCGCCAUGAACAAGGUCUGCUGCUUCACUCUUUUUACAUUUCAUUUAUUCCACUUANNNUGGAUGCAGGACUUUGAGGCCUUCCAAGACGCUCUGAACCAAGAGACGUCGUACGUCAGCAACCUGACCCGGUCCAUGAGCCUGGUUCUGGACGAGUUCUACACCAACCUCAGGGUGGUGGGCGUGUCUGCGGUGACAGGAAGUGGUCUGGAUGAGCUGUUUGUUCAGGUGGAAGAUGCUGCCAUCGAAUAUGAAAGGGACUACCGGCCUGAAUACGAGCGACUGCGCAGGCAGCUGGUGGAGGCGCAGAGCAGGAAGCAGCAGGAGCAGCUGGAGCGGCUCAGGAAGGACAUGGGAGCGGUGGACAUGAGCUCCGCUGCAGCCAGAGAGGACGCUGACCUCGCUGGACCCAGUGACCUCAUCAUGAGCCGUGGUAUCCAUGACGACAGCGAGGAGGAGGUGGAAAGCGACACGGAUGACAUCGACCACACAGCCACCGAGGAGAGCAAAGAGAAGGACGCCUUCGGGAACUUCCUGAAGGAGAGGAAGGAGCUGGUUCAGGUGCGGAACAGGAAGUGCCUCCCACCGGACGGCCCCGACCAAUGAGACGGACCCAGACGGAGCAGCUGAUUGGCUGAUUCCUCGCUGACAGAACAAGAAGAAAAGAGGCUUUAUUUUUAUAAGAAAACUGUAUUUGUGAAGGAAGAGAACAGAAACACGCAUCCAAGCUGACAGCUUCAUAGGUUCCAGACCUGGAAAAGUCUGGAAUGAGCCUUUCCAGGUUUUCCAGGUCCGGAAAAGUUCUGAUGAGAAGAUUGUUGUUAUUUUGAGGCUUUAUAUAUUUAAU